UAGGUUUGGUGGGUGGGUGGAGGGAGUGACUGGGCCACAAAGCCUUUUCCUUUCUGUCUGAGGUGUGCAGUGAACCGCUGAAAGGAGCUACACGCGUCUAAUCGUCCCUCACAAUGGCUGAGACCGUAUGCUGCUGGUUCCUCAGAUAAUAUCAGAUGUCCAACGAACUUUAUCCGUCUUUUACAUGUCAGGUUAUGGUUAAUAUCAGAAAUGUAGCUAUUAGGGUGACGUUUAAUGUCAGAGAGUCACUGAAUUGUUGAUGUAAAUGUAGCUGUAAACGUGAGUCUGUGCCCUGUAUGAAUUUGAAUCCCUGAGCUCUGUCUCCUAUAUAAUUUAUAGUGGCAGAGGUGGAAGUGAAACCGGCCUCAUUUCCACGGCUCCAGUUCACUAACACAACACCAGGUUUUCAGUAAAACCUCAUGAGGCAUUUCCUAUCUAAUAUGGACACCACAGUCCCUGUCAAACUGACCUGACUGUGUCCAUGUCAACGUGUAACUCGACGCCUUGCCGCUGUGUGAGGGAGCUGAUAUCACUCCGUGUGCCAGUCUCCGGGGCUGAUGCCUGCCUGCUGCGCCAUGAGGGCUAAAGCCUCAGACAUGCACAGCAAGGACUGUGUCAAGGUGGCUGUCCGAGUCCGACCGUUCAACAAGAGAGAGAGGGACGCAGGCAGCCGAAGUAUUGUCUCCAUGGUGUCGAGCUCCAUCACCAUCCAGGACCCACGGGAUCCCCAGAGCCGUCGUUCGUUUUGUUUCGACUACGCCUACUGGUCCCACAGCGGCUUUGCACGAGACCGCGGCGGCCUCUACGUGCCCGAAGAACCCGGGGGAAGAUACGCCGACCAGGACAGUGUGUUCCAGGACCUGGGAGAGGGAAUACUGGAGAAUGCACUGCAGGGUUACAAUGCCACACUGUUGGCCUAUGGGCAGACCGGCUCAGGGAAGAGUUACUCGAUGGUGGGCUACGGGCCUAACAAAGGCCUGGUUCCUAAACUCUGUGACCGACUGUUUCAGGCCAUUAGAGAGAACCAGGAUACCAGACAGUGUCAGGUCUUUUUCAGCAUGUUGGAAAUCUAUAAUGAGCAGGUGGUUGACCUUCUGUCUCGGGGGUCUCGUAAUCCAGGGGGGCUCAGAGUCCGAGAGGAGCAGCAAAGAGGGUUCUAUGUCGAAGGUCUCCGAACAGUCCCGUGUGACAGCGCACCACAGGUGGAGCAGUUAAUGGAACAGGGGACCAGGACCCGAACCACCGCUGCCACUCACAUGAAUGCCAAUAGCAGUCGCUCGCACAUGCUCAUUAUCCUCCAGCUCAAACAGAUCUUUUCAAAAGAGAGCAUCACAAAGCAGUCCAACAUCAACUUGGUGGACUUGGCAGGCAGUGAGCGUCAGCGGUCGUCAGGGUCGGAGGCUGACAGACUCAAAGAGGGCACAGCCAUCAACCUGAGCCUCACCACCCUGGGCAAUGUUAUCAGCUCCCUCGCUGAUGUGGCCGUGGGGAAGAAAGUCGUUCACAUACCGUACAGAGACUCAGUUCUCACCAAGCUGCUGCAGUCCGCCCUUGGAGGCAACAGUCGCACUGUUAUGAUUGCCACUCUGAGCCCUGCUGAUAUCUGCUAUGAGGAGUCUCUCUCAACCCUGCGCUAUGCUGAGAGGGCAAAGCGUAUCCAGAACCGAGCGGUGGUGAACGAGAGCCCCACUGAACGUCUGGUUAAGGAGCUAAAGGCCGAGAACGCCAGACUGCUGCAACGACUGAGCCGGCUGGGCCAGGAGGGACGCAGAGCUAACGACGAGACCAGUAAGACCAUGAUAUUAUUUAUGUGUCUGUGUUUAGGUGAGUCGAGUGCUGGGUCCAGUCAGACAGAUCCCAGUCUGCUGGCCGUCUUCUACGACUACAUCAAAUUGAUGCCCAUGGUGGCCGAGGCCAACCAGAUGAGCCAGGAAUUGAACAAGGGGGUGGAGUUUAAGUUGGAGAUCAAGAAUCUGGCACUGUCAGAUUCAAAAGGACAUGAUCUGGAGAAGGAGAUUGCUGUCAGAGUCACCUGUAUGGGAAGAAAACAGGUAUGGAUGUGGUCCAAGGCCAAGUUUGUGAACCGCAAAUUCCUGAUGGAAGAAGCCUACCAGCAGCAUCAGGCUGAGAAGAACGGAGACAAUAAAGUAGAGGGGCUGUCUACAGCUGCGUUACCCAGAGAUAAAGACCCGUUCUGGGAUCCUGUGGAGCCUCUGCUUCUGGGCACUGCUCACCUCUGGCUUCAGUCUCUGGCCUUCCGCAUCCCUUUGGAAGAGCAACUUGAGGUGCUGGGGUCAGAGGGCACAGAAGAGGCCAUUCUACAAGCACAGCUGGUCCCCUGCACCUUCACGGGACUCCCUCUGGGUGAGGAUGACAUUCUGAUCGACCCGUCCGAGUUACUGGGUCGACGACUGGACUUCCAGCUGGUCCUGGAACAGUGUUGUGGCCUCCGCUGGAUCAGAGAGGCCCGCAACAGAGGGGUCCAAAUUGGUUUCAGGUUAUUUGACAGCAGCCAGCCUCUGUACUCUCCGGCUGUGUGGCACAACGUCAAUCCACUGCUGGAUCACAGAGUUCACUUUGCCUCCCUCCACACCUCCCAACGCCUGUUAGACUACCUGCAGAGCAGCGCUGUAGUGCUGGAGCUCUGGGGCCUUCAAGAGGGUUGUACUGACCUCAUAUCAUCUCUGGAGGGAGUGAGGAUGACUACAGAGGGCAUCUUUAUCAUCGAGGAGGCAGGCCCAACACACACUGCACCUGUAGACUCUGCAGAGCCCAGCUGCUCAGUGAGAGUUCUUCAACAGGACUUGGAGGAACUGAAGAGUGUUAAUACUUCACUGAGAAAGGAAAAUCAUAGUUUGAGAGAACAACUCAACGCAGCCAGGAAUGGUGGGGAUAGUGUGCGUGGUCGGUCGGUGCGUCCCAGCUGUGAUGCCGAGUUUGCUCGCGCUCUCAAGGUUUUCUACCACAGCAUGACCUCAGUCAGGGCUCAGCUGCAGCGCCUGCGCAGACACAGGCCCAGCGAGGAGUCCGACCUGCUGGGGCUCAGACUGUUCGUGGACGAGCAGAGUCGUCUGCUGAGGGACUUCUCCGAGCAGCUGGAACAGAGCGUCUCCACACUCAAACAAGAUGUAGCAGCCAUCGUCCGCCGCAAACGAGAACGAUCCGGAAUCUGGUCUUGACUGAGUAACAUUUUAGAGAUUUUCACAAAAAGUAAUAAGAAGGUGACGGUCUCUGGUCAUUCUUUUACAACACUGCAGAUAUUUCCUGGGUGUAAGGGUGUGUUCACACAAAGCAACAUUUAACAUCUAAUUUGAGCCUCUCAAUUUGAGCGCUGCCUGCUAGGCUAUGUCAACAGACCACAAGAGACACACACACACACGGCAGGAGCUCAAACCUUGGCAAGCAAUUGAGGUGGGGGGGGCGGGGGGUAGCUGUUACUAAGAGCUUUAUUGUGUUGAUUCUAAAACCACAUUAUGGCAUUGGUAAAAAAAAUCUGCUUAAAGGGGAACACCACCAACUGUAUAUUAACGAUUUGAAUGUUAUUUGUAUUAUGUAUUUAUAACUUGUCCGGAAG